GCCAUGGCCCGGCGGGGCGCAGCGCCGAGCGUCCCGGGGGCGCCCGGGGGCGUCGAUCUCAGCCUGCGGCGGCUGCGGCUGCUGCUGCUGCUGCUGCUGCUGCUGCUCCUCGAGCCAGCGCGGGGCUUCGGGGACGAGGAGGAGCGGCGCUGCGACCCCAUCCGCAUCUCCAUGUGCCAGAACCUGGGCUACAACGUGACCAAGAUGCCCAACCUGGUGGGGCACGAGCUGCAGACAGACGCCGAGCUGCAGCUGACAACUUUCACGCCGCUCAUCCAGUACGGCUGCUCCAGCCAGCUGCAGUUCUUCCUUUGUUCAGUCUAUGUGCCAAUGUGCACAGAGAAGAUCAACAUCCCCAUAGGCCCGUGCGGCGGCAUGUGUCUUUCAGUCAAGAGGCGCUGUGAACCUGUCCUGAAGGAAUUUGGAUUUGCCUGGCCAGAGAGCCUGAACUGCAGCAAAUUCCCACCCCAGAAUGACCACAACCACAUGUGCAUGGAAGGGCCAGGUGAUGAGGAGGUGCCGUUACCUCACAAAACCCCCAUCCAGCCCGGGGAAGAGUGCCAUUCGGUAGGCACCAACUCGGAUCAGUACAUCUGGGUGAAAAGGAGCCUGAACUGUGUUCUCAAGUGUGGCUAUGAUGCUGGCUUAUACAGUCGCUCGGCCAAGGAGUUCACGGACAUCUGGAUGGCCGUGUGGGCCAGCCUGUGCUUCAUCUCCACCGCCUUCACAGUGCUCACCUUCCUCAUCGAUUCCUCCAGGUUUUCCUACCCUGAGCGCCCCAUCAUAUUUCUCAGUAUGUGCUAUAAUAUUUAUAGCAUUGCUUAUAUUGUCAGGCUGACCGUAGGCCGGGAAAGGAUAUCCUGCGAUUUUGAAGAGGCAGCAGAACCUGUUCUCAUCCAAGAAGGACUUAAGAACACAGGAUGUGCAAUCAUUUUCUUGCUGAUGUACUUUUUUGGAAUGGCCAGUUCCAUCUGGUGGGUUAUUCUGACACUCACUUGGUUUUUGGCAGCGGGACUCAAAUGGGGUCAUGAGGCCAUUGAAAUGCACAGCUCUUAUUUCCACAUCGCCGCCUGGGCCAUCCCCGCAGUGAAAACCAUUGUCAUCUUGAUUAUGAGACUGGUGGACGCGGAUGAACUGACUGGCCUGUGCUACGUCGGGAACCAAAACCUCGAUGCCCUCACAGGCUUUGUGGUGGCCCCCCUCUUCACUUACCUGGUGAUCGGAACUUUGUUCAUCGCUGCGGGUUUAGUGGCCUUGUUCAAAAUUCGGUCCAAUCUGCAAAAGGAUGGGACAAAGACCGACAAGUUGGAAAGGCUGAUGGUCAAGAUCGGGGUCUUCUCAGUCCUGUACACGGUGCCUGCCACCUGUGUGAUUGCCUGUUACUUCUAUGAAAUCUCCAACUGGGCGCUCUUCCGCUAUUCUGCAGACGACUCCAACAUGGCCGUUGAGAUGUUGAAGAUUUUUAUGUCUUUGCUGGUGGGCAUCACCUCAGGCAUGUGGAUUUGGUCUGCCAAAACUCUGCACACAUGGCAGAAGUGUUCUAACAGAUUGGUGAAUUCUGGGAAGGUAAAGAGAGAAAAGCGAGGGAACGGUUGGGUGAAGCCUGGGAAAGGCAACGAAACUGUGGUAUAAGGCUACCUGGCCUCCAUGCUUUCCAAGUUUUGAGGGGCGGGGCGGGGGGGGAAAUGCUAGCAUUUGGGGGCAAGUGCGACUAGAAGUUUCAUGCAGUGAAUCUCAUUUCGAGCAAACUGGCAACACUUAAGUGACCCCUCUAAGCCACCGCCACCUGACCCCCACUGCCUGGCAUCAUAAAAGUCAUGAUUUUGCUGCAGACUUUGGAAUGAUCCAAAAUGGAAAAGCCAGUUAGAGGCUUUCAAAGCUGUGAAAAAUCAAAACAUUGAUCACUUUAGCAGGUCGCAGCUUGGAGCAUGGAGGUCCUGCCUAGAUUCCAGGAGGGGCCGGGGCAAUGCUGCUUUUCUCUGCAGAGUGAGAUCUGAGCUGUGAGGAGGUUAACUCGCAGGGAGAAAGAUUCACUUUUUUAACCCUUAAAAUCUUACAUACUAACUGGGUCUCUCAGAUAGCCAAGCAAUCUAUAAACACUGGAGACACUGGGUUCAGACAAGUGUUACAAGAGUUUUAUAGUUUGGCUGAUCUAACGUAAACAUUUUCUCUGGUGCGCUGUCUGCUGUUUAGAACUUUGUGGAUUGCUCUCCCAAGAGGUGGUGUCAGAAUCUUCCAGUGCCUUUGUCAUAAAACAGGAUUGUUUGAAAAAACAGAAGUACUGUACAAACACACAUAAGGUAUUCAGUGGAUUUUCCUCCUCUCUCUUCCUCUUAAAUUUCAUCAUCCCUGUUCUAGGCUGCUGCUGUUUUGUUCAUUUUACAUUAAUGACUCAAAAUAGGUAUUUUUAUAGGAUUUUUUUUUUUUUUUCACUGCAGCAUGCCUAAUGAGGAGGAAAGUCAGGGUGAUUCACUUUCUGACAAUCAUUUAAUUCAGAGGAAAAUAAGAUUUACCAAGUCGACUUAACUUACCGACCCCGGAGACCUAUUGCAUUGAGCAAUGGGGACUUAAUAUAUUUUACUUUGUGUGAUUGCAUCUAUGCAGACGCCAGUCUGGAAGAGCUAAAAUGUUAAGUUUCUUGGCAACUUUGCAUUCGCACAGAUUAGCUGUGUAAUUUGUGUGUGUCAAUUACAAUUAAAAGCACAUUCUUGGACCAUGACAUAAUAGUAUACUCAACUGACUUUAAAACUAUGGUCAGCUUGCAUUCUCGGAAUGAUAGUGCCUUUCUUUCCUUUAGCAUAAGAAUGUUAUCAGAGUCUAGUCUACUACCACAAUGAAGACUUUUUUUUUUCUGUUUUGUAGCAAGAACUAAGGACAGCUAAUCCAACUACUUGGUGCAUAAUUGUUUCCUAGUAAUUGGCAAAGGCUCCUUAUAAGAUUUCAUUGGAGGCAGUGUGGCCUGGAGUAUUUAUAUGGUGCUUAAUGAAUCUCCAGAAUGCCAGCCAGGAGCUUGAUUGGUUAGUAGGGAAUAAAGUGUAGACCAUAUGAAAUGAACUGCUAACUCUUAACACAGGUCUUAAUUGCCUUUUGCAGGGGUAUCCAGAGCUUUUAAAUUUUAUGCUUUAUGUUCCUCACAAUGGGGUACCCCCUAGCAGCCUCUCAAAAGUUGCAAUUCUUUGAAAAUUGUAACUGGACUCUCUCUUAACCUGCCGUAGGCCUCCUAAUCACCAGAUCUCUGGGACAAAUUGUUGACGGUGUCACAGGUUGCUCUCCUUGUAACAGCAUACCUACCUUUGCUUCAGCAACUACUUUGCAAUGACUCACUCAUUUAUUUAUUUGUGCCCCACCCCACCCCACUCCUUUUAAACACAGGUAGGAAAACUCUUAUCACAUCUCUUUGUGGAAAAACAUUUCCAGGGACUCAGAUUCCUGAAUUGGUGGUCAGAUUCUGGAAAUGCACGUGUCCUUGUCUGUCUUUUUGAGCUUUAUGGCCAUGGUUUGACAUUUGCCUUUCUUCUUUGUUUUGGGGGGCUCUUGAGCUGUCUGAGGUGAAGAUGCACAUAAGGUCUGUUGUGUAUUUUGGAAGGGGAAGUCCGGGGGCUCUGAGGACAGAUGCUAAAUGGACGCAGGGUCGGGGGGAGGCCUUGGUGUGUGUGCCGAGCCCAAGUACCUUGGCUGGACUCUGGAUCAGGGUUCUAGGAGCAUGAGAAAUGAUCCCGAGAAGGACCAGUUGAACUCCAUCUGAGACUGCGUUGCCUAUGAAAUAUAAAAUGUGAAUUCCCUGUGCUGCUUGCAGACAGUUCCCAUAGCUGGCCAGGGCCCUGGAGCAUGCACCCAGGGGCAGAGCCUGCCCUUACUCACGCUCCACCCCAGUGUCUUGGGAGUUGGGCUGAGACUGCGGCCCAGGAAAGGGAAGAAGGACGGUGCAGUGGGGCACUGGCCUAGCUGUUAGAUUGUUGGGCUGUGUAAGGCAAUUGUGUUUGUAAUGUUUCAGCAGUUGUGUGACCAAGGCAGCACCUAGCAGAGGGCCAGGCACAGAGUAGGGGCCCAAUAUUUGUGAAUAAUGAAAUAAUAAUAAGAGUACCUGGAUGAACCUAUACACCCGAGUUCUGGAGCUAGUGCCUUGACAACUUCCUGGGUUCUAAUGUGUCUCUUCUACAAAUCUCUUGCCUUCUCAGGGGAAAAGUGGCCAUCGAUGCAGACUGGAUUAGUAGCCCUAGCGAUGUCACAGGGCUGUGUGGGCCUUUCCUUUCAUAUUCCAGACAAUGGGGAGUGUUUAUGGUUUCAGGAAAGGAGCUUUGUGGCUGAGGUCAGUUACCAGUUACCUGAAUAAGAGUCCAUCGCCUCUUAAGUUGGUGUUUGUUUAAAAAACCCACAAAACUCAAUUAUUAGCCCAUUUAUCAAGUGACCAUUCUGGGUAAAGCCCUGUCUUGGGCACCUUAGGGGUGUCAAGGAGUACCAAGCUCUGUCCUUCUCACUGACCUGGACUGAGAUGCUCCUGCUGAAUUUUGCUGUUGGUUUUUGGGAAGGAGCAGGGGGCCUCUGAAUGGUCAUCUGUUUCACUUGUCUCCAUCCCAGAAACUGCCUCUUGGGUCCUUCUACCUUUAAUGUCUCCCUCAUAUGCCCUGCAGAGAUACCCUGCAAGUCGAUUACAAGGGUUUUGACAGAAUGCCUCAGCCCUGUUUCGUGACUAUCUCUGUGGCAAUCCCUAGGGAAAACUGUGGAACACUGGCUAAAGGGACGUGAGCUCCCACACCUAACAUGGUGGGAGGUGGGGGGCGGGGGGAAGAGCAGGCAGUUUAGGGCUUGGGGUGUUCCAUGUGACAUAAACAGGUGAAUCUGAGGACACCUUGCUAGGGAAAAGGUUGAACUCUAGAAUAAGUAGGGAUGAGUGUAGCUUCCUAUAAAAUGCUUGGCCUCCCGAGAUUCUAUUCGACAGGGCGCAAGGGCACCUCUGUCCACCCUCCCCUCCAGCAGACCCCUCUUUAUCUUCCUUCAUAAAGGCCACAUUUCAGGGCCAAGGAACAUGGGGUAGGUUGGAACUGGCCAGAACCAUCUGGUUGAGCUACUUGGUUGAUUCAUAUCCUCUUUCCUCCCGCUUCCUGAUCUCUGAUAUGGCUUCUGAGCUGGCAGCUUGCUCAGGGUCCUGAAACCAGAGAAGGGGUGACACUGUUUAUUUCCCUGAGAUGCUCUCUGACUUUCCCCAGUCACUCUCUCACCUGCAGAAUCAGAUCAAACCCAGAAUCAGGGAAUAUUCUGUGUUUAGGUUCUGAAUUGUGACUACCAGCACCCUGAGCUUAUCUUCUCUGUCCCCCCACCCCUACCCCCAACCUUACCCCCAGCCUCCUGGUCACUGAAUUCAGGCUUUACUGUGUUAGCAACCAAGCUGGGAUCUGAGGACAUAGAGGAGCUCGACAGCCUCAGCCCUGGGGGGCAGAGUCAAUUCCUAGGGACGUCACCCCACUGGUGCAGUCUGCCUUCUGGUGAGGUGGCCACAGCUCAGUUAGGAGAGCCACAGAGCACAGACUUUGGAAGGAGCCCCCAGGAUCAAGCUACAUCCUGCAUUUCACUCUGUAAUGGGAGAGAUUGGAGUGAGUUGCCUUUCCAGCCAAUUAUGUCGAGGCACUGGACUCUAACGGUUCCUCGUGUUCUUUUAUCUAUCUGGGUUCAGAGUCCUUGUCUGGGUUUUUAUGAUGUCUGGCACAGGACCCAGGUUAUCAUUUUUCCUCUGAGCCCAGGUCAUAGAUCUUGGAAACUCCUAGAAGAGCAUUUUGCUCCUACUGAGGAUCAGAUACCAGAGCCUUAAAUAAUGGAUUUUGUUUUACCGGGUCCUGGUCAGAGCUCUCUGCGCUUGCCUCUCACCAUGCGCAUGUGUGGUAGUGGCACGCUGGCGGUCACCAAGCGGGAAGUGAACCCUGACCCUCCCCAACAGGCCUCUUCCCCUUGCUCAGCCCAUUUGCCCUGUAGCAGCCUGUUCCUGUUUCUGAUUUACCUUAUUUCCCUUCUUCUUCUCUGCACCAGCAAAUUCCCAGUAUUUGCCCAGGCAGUUCACAGAGGGCCUGUCUGGGGUCCUCUGUGAGCUUUGUCCUCCAGGCUGACAUGGCUCCUUGGUCUCCUGCAAUAUUCAGUGUAUGACCACUGUCAUCCCAGAAGGCUUCUGAGAAGAGGGGCAGGAGCAGCUCUGUUCCCCAAAGACUGGUCCAUCUUCUCCCCCAGAACAUGCUCUUCUCUGUUUCCUGCUCAUGGGCUUGGGCCCCAGCUCAGUUGUGUACUUCUGGAGGGGAGGCUGCUCUCUAGCUCUCUCCCAGCGGGGCAUCUAGGUGGUUCUGAAUUUCUUCCUACCUCACAGGGUUGUUGUGAGACUUCGAAGGUCUGAGGAUGAGAGGCCCCUCGUGCUCUUUGUAGGAAAAGUGGAAUAAACAUCCAGCAUCAUUUGUAACAAGAAGAAUGAGACGCAGCCUGUGUGGGCAGCAGGUAGGCUGGUGCUCUGGGGCCUGUCCUUGGAUCCCCGUGCCAUCCUGCAGUUCCAGCCACUUUGAGGCCCACCUUGGGGGCUUUCAGAUGUUCGACAUAGAGGUACCAGGCCAACCCCUGCUACACAUGCCCUAAUGAAUUGCUGACCAUCAAAGGAAAUGGACCCUGCUUUUAAGGAUGUACAAACGUAUGUCUGCAUUGAUGUCUGUACUGUAAAUUUCUAAUUUAUCACUGUACAAAAAAAUAAACUUUGCUAUUUAAUUUUUGUAUUAAAGGAAAAUAAAGUUUUGUUUAUUAA